AUGUUCACCAGACUUUCGAUCUUUUCUCUUCUUGCCUCGACGCUGGCCGCCGGGUUGUCCUACGACAACAUUGACAAGGCCGCCACUCCCCGAGCCAAGGAGCUCCUCAAGUAUGUUCAAUCCCAAUACGGCUCGCAUUACAUUUCCGGUCAGCAGGAACUGUCCAGCCUGGAAUGGGUGAAGGAGAAUACCGGCGUCACUCCAGCCAUCCUGGGCACCGACCUCAUGAAUUACUCGCCCUCCGGCGUUGCCCGCGGAACCAAGAGUCAGACUAUCGAGCAAGCCAUCAACUUUGACAAGCAAGGCGGUAUCAAUGCUCUUGUCUGGCAUUGGUAUGCCCCCAACUGUUUGCUCGACACCGAUAAAGAGCCGUGGUAUAGAGGGUUCUACACCGAGGCGACCUGUUUCAAUGUGGCCAAUGCACUUAGCCGCCGCGGGAACGGAACGGACUACCGACUAUUGAUUCGGGAUAUCGAUGCCAUUGCAGUCCAGCUCAAACGUUUGUCGGAUGCAGAUGUUCCGAUCCUCUUCCGCCCGCUUCACGAGCCGGAAGGUGCAUGGUUCUGGUGGGGAGCUAAAGGCCCAGCUCCAUUCAAGAAGCUCUGGGACAUCAUCUACGACCGCAUCACCCGCGUGCACAAUAUCCACAACAUCGUGUGGGUCUGCAACACCGCCGAUUCCAAGUGGUAUCCCGGAAACGAAAAGUGCGAUAUUGCCACUAUUGACUACUAUGGCGACGCUGGUGACCAUGGUGCCCUAGGAGACAAAUUCCACGACCUGCAAAAUGUUACCAAGAGUGAGAGGGUCCUUGCUCUGGCGGAAGUUGGGUCCAUCCCCGAUCCUGAGCUUCAGGCUAAGGAGAACGUUCCCUGGGCUUACUGGAUGACCUGGAACGACGAGUUCAUCAAGGACGGGAAGCACAACUCCCAACAAUUUGUGAAGGAUACCUUCCACAACAAGCGCGUUGUUACCCUCGAUGGUACUACAAAGGUUAAGAACUGA